CAUGUUCUUUCGUCCUUCCUCAUAAAUGGAGGAGUUCUUGCAAGCCACGAGGUGUGUGUAAGGCAGUAGAAAAAACUUAAAGAGUCUGUGUGUAUCAGUUUUCUGGGCAAAAUGAGCUUCAACGAUGAUGAGAAGAUUGAUAUGGGUGCCCUUCAAGACUCAGGGACAAAACCAACACCUAUCAUAGCGGGAAGAGUACAGCUGAUCAGCAUAAACAAUAAUAUGGUACCGCUUGAAGAAAACAAACUCACGGUGAUGCUGGAGAUUACAGGGGGAGAUUCCAGCAACGACAGACUCGGAUUGGACCUUGUGGCAGUGUUAGAUGUCAGCGGAAGCAUGGCAGGAGAAAAGCUAGAGAAAGCCAAAACUGCCAUGCUAUUUGUGCUCAAGAAACUUAGUCCAAUUGAUCGUUUGUCGAUUGUUACAUUCGCCACGGAGGCUCAAAGGCUGUGCCCGCUGCGCCAGAUAACUGAAAAUUCUCAAAAGGAAAUUGAAAAUAUAAUCAAUGGUUUAACUCCCAUUGAUGCAACAAACGUCACUGCUGGUCUUCAAACUGCUUUGAAAGUGAUUAAUGACCGUAGCGUUAAAGCUGGGCGUACAGUUGGCAUCAUGCUUAUGUCCGAUGGUGAACAGAACCGAGGUGGUGACGCUGCUCAGGUUCCGCUCGGCAAUGUACCUGUGCACACAUUUGGUUUUGGAACCAAUCACGAACCGACGGUGUUGACGGCUAUAGCUCAUAAUGCAAUUGGAGGAACGUUUGCAGAAGUUCAUGACAUGGACAACCUGAGCAAGGCUUUUUCCCAGUGUUUGGCUGGACUUCUGACGCAAGUCGUUGAUGACCUCCAGCUGACAGUCACAGAGGUUUUUAAGGAAUCGACAAUACAGCAAGUAACUGCUGGAAGUUAUCCACAAUCCAAGGAUGAUGCUGCAGGCUCUGUAACUGUUACUUUUGGUGGUCUCUACGCUAAAGAGGUGCGCAAGGUCAUGGUGGAUCUUCUUCUCCCUUCUGUUCCUAAGGAGCGAGGAGCAGAUGUUCUCGAAAUUAAUUACUCAUAUAGGUUUCAUGACAAACCGUUUGAGGCCACUCCUGUGACCCUUGCAGUAAAGCGCAGUGGGAAAAUUGUAGAUCAACAAGAAAGGCCGGAGGUGAAAAAUGAGCAGACUCGUCUCUUCACUGCAAGUAUGAUAAAAGAAGCAAGAGUCAUGGCUGACAACAAGAAUCUUGAUGAUGCUCGAGAUAUGCUUGUUAAGGCCCAGAACGCAUUGGAGGAUGUAGAAGAUAAUCCAUUAAUCGAGAUGCUGAGAUCCGAACUGCUACAGCUCCUGAAAUUGAUGAAAACGCAAGAUAUCUACGAUAAGCAAGGGCGUCCUUUUGCACUUUCCUCUGAGAUUUCUCAUGCUCGCCAGCGUUUUGCUGCAAGAGGUGAUGGAGAAAGCCUGAGGAUGUUUUCAACUCCUCGAAUGGACAAGUACCUUGAACAAGCCAAGUCAUUUGACGAGGAUCCCAGCAAGCCACCGCCCACUGCGGAUGAAGAUGUGAAGGAAGAAAUCGUUGCCAAUCCACUUGCUCCCAUUGCUGGUGCUCUUAGCUUUUACAUUCAAUCUGCCAUUCAAUCUCUCCAAGCCAUUGAAAAAAUACUCAUUAGAGGCGUUUGAUUAAAUUAUUAUUUUUAGUGUUGUGUUUGCUUUUACAUAUUUCACGAAUAAGUUAGGCCACUGUAUGUCUUGCCUUAGGCAAACACAGUGGUGCUUCUUAUUUCUUGGUUGUCCUUCAGUUUGUGUUUUCUAUUUGCUUUUUCAAUAAGACCAUUGUGUCCAUUGCCUUGGGCAAAUCCAGUGGUGCUGAUAUUGUUUUUUUGGUGUAUGCAAGCUCGUAGGCUUUCACAUAAUCAAUCUUUGAGUGCUAAAUAAAUAAUGAUAAUUACUUAAUCGAA